AGAGAAAACUUGGCGUUUUGCGUGAGCCGCUCGUACAAGGAAAAGAUUAUAAUAGAAUAGUUUAUCUGUAAAAUCAAUUUCUGUUGUGUUGAAAAACUUUAGGAUUCCACUAUACAUUGACGGUGGUGUGUACUGUUCUAAUUGCGCGAUAGAAUCAUCGGAAAAGUGUGUUAUUAGUGUUCGAUUUGUGGAAAUCCCAACUUCUCCUUCUCCGUUGUCCGGAUGUGAUAAAGUGCAAUAGUGGCGAAGGAAAAAUCCGUGCUAUGUGUGUUUGCAGUUUAAAGAACAAACAAAUCACUGUAAAUAGCAAUAUUGCGUAUCUUGACGCCGUAGCGUAGUUAUGAAAUACAACAUGUCUUGCCAGCAGACGGAUCAUCUCCGGAAAAAGCAGGUUCGUAGCGGACCGGUGGACUCGAUUGAAUCCCAAACGUAGAGGAAAAUUCGCUUUCGUUAAAUUACGGAUAUCACGCCCCACCCGCAGACAUUAGUCAUUUUCGAGAGUGGCCUCCAUGAAUACUAUAUAGAAUUACUUUAGUGCAGUUGAAGUGGAUUAGGAAGUGACGAUAGCAGAAAUAGUAUCAUUCCCAUUCAAUACGGGAGAGAUCGACAAUUUACCAUUCAUAGAUUUCCACCAUGCGUAACUAAAGCAAAGAGUUGAACACUAACUAGUGUGAAUACCUGCUGAACACAACAAAUCAUAAUAGUGCAAGAAUUUGUAGUGACAUGCUAGCUAGACGGUGCACCGUCUCAACAUAAACCAUCCUAAAAUAUAGUUGUAUGUGAAAAUUGUUCUUCAAUAAGAAAGAAUACACAAGUUAAACCGGAUUCGAGCAAUCAUGAGAACGAAACAUUUUCUGUUAAUACUGUUCACCGUAAUAAGUACAAGUAUUUUGCUGAUACUGCUAGGUCCGGCCGGACAGCAAAAUGAUUCAAUCAAGAGUAUCGUUUCACAAACUCACGAACGGCUGCGGAAUUUGCAGAACAACCUUCGUGAUGCCAGCGAGCCCCACCCAGAGAUGAAUCCUAAAUAUCUCGCACAGCUUGGCUUCACCCAGUCGCUGUACAACGGGACGAAGUGCAAUUUUUCAAUAGUGACGUACGCCCUCCCUGGUGAACUAGCGUCUACGAUACUGUACGCGCAAAACAUCGCCGCGAAGCUCCCGACCGAGCAGCUGCUGAUCUACGAUCUUGGCUUGGUGGAGAGCGAUUUGCACACGCUGCAAGCAUUUUGCAACAGCUCCCGCUGCUCUGUGAUAAGCUACGAUCUAGCCUCGCUGCCAUCGUACGUAACGGAUGUGAAUAUGCACGCGUUUCGGCCAAUCAUCAUUCACGAUGCGCUGGCUCGAGCGCGUACCAUUCUGUUCACCGAAAACAGUGUCCGGUUACGGGGCACCGGAAGGGAACUGGGUGAUGUUCGGGCAAAAACCGAGAACGGCAGCGGGGUUAUGGGAUGGACCACCCAACAGGCGGUAACCAGCCGGACUCAUCCGAAAAUGUUCGACUAUUUCGACACGGAUGCGGAUAAUUUUCUGUUCCUGCCGAUGAUUUCGCUGGAUUUCGUUAUGUUCGUUGGCACACCAGCCGUGAAUGAUAAGAUUAUGCUGCCGUGGGUGCGGUGCAUGCUUACGCCCGAGUGUUUGCAUCCGAUAGGAGCUCAAUCCGGCGGAUGUAAGUACAACAAGAAGCCCCAGUAUCGCUACUCCGGCUGCCACGGGUACGAUACGUCCGCCUUCAACAUCAUACUCGGACUAACGUUCGGUUUCGACGAGGCGAAAUACUCGACACACGAGGACUCGAGCAGUCUGUACUAUGUGGAAACGCUCGAACAGGCUACGAAAAUCCUGGAAAACCGACGGAGAAACAUUAGCGAUACAUCGGAGCACCCUUUCACGGAAGACUAAGAUAGGCUGUGGUAUCUGAGCUAUUCCCGUGCCACUUUUGAAGAAACAAAGUAAGAUGACAGUGUGUGAACAGAAUCAGUUUGGAUCGUUCGCAUACCUAGUGUGUGUGUAUGAGGAGCAGGGCUUUCGACCGAGAGUUGCAGACGGUAUUAAUUUUUAUUGCCCUAUCGCGUUCCAACAGGUCGGAAAUAUAAAGUAGCAUUGAAUGCAACAAACGGUGUUUACAGAAGUGUUACCCUGAAUACAGAUAACUCUAACGCGCUAUAGCAGGAUAACCAAUGCUCUGACAUCGCAUGACGAAAAACAUACCAAAGCUUGAACGAUUCUGGAGAAAUGCAACUAGUGUAGGGUAAAUUACGCGUUUUCCGUGAAGAAUGUGAACGCCACACACGAGUUGGACGUGGUUUCGCGAAUAAUUUGAUCACAUUGUAUAUAAAUCCAAGCGAUAUAUGUUGAUAUUUGUGUCGAUAAAGUAAUUUAAGUUUUUUUUUACGAUUCCGUCAUGUUGAAAGGCUGAUUGUUUGUUAUGUUUCAAUUUUAAGUUAGUUCUGCAAUCGGUGUGCGAGUUCCAGUGGUGGUAAAGCCUACUUUCUUGAACAAAACUAUUCAUAUAUGUUUUCGGAAAUUUCUGCUCCCCAGCAAGGCAGAGAAACAUAUGCUGAGUCUGAUAUCUGAGGCUGAUUUUUUUUUCCAAAAUAUAUAUUUUUAUAAAGGCUCAUAUGGCGUUAGCCUCACGGGGCCGGGAGUUCAAUACAAGUUUUCUUAUUAUCUAUGUUAGUAAUAUGUAACCGAUUACUCGCGGUUGGCUCGAGGUUAGUAUUACAAGUGUUUUCGUAAUUGGGAUGUUGCUGUCUCCAAUGCUCUGUACGUAUGCCCGACACGGGAUACUUCCUAUUGGGAUGCAGCUGACCAUUAAUCAGCAACGCCCCCCUAGUCUGUACCUCAUAUCUAGCGUGGUGCGUCUUUCUCGACUCGAGGAAUCCAGGAUAGAAUGGUCACUAACCGGCGCAAUCAUCAGUUCAUGUAGAGUUGUCAUGAGCGGUACAACCUUUGGCUCUUGUUGAAUUGUUGAAUGAGUGGACUGCACAACCUUUGGCCCGUGUGUCUGUAAAGAGUGUGUGUAUGUAUUGCCGCGACUAAGUAAAAGUUUAUCUGAUGUCUCCGUGGACAAUAGGGGAAGCUAGUCCUAAUCCGACCGGUGGUCCUGAACCACUACCUACCCAAUUUUUAGUAGUGUCAAGUGAAAGGUGUCGCUGACAACGCUGACAAUUUGGUUGUAUGGUUACAUAUUUUCUGCUCCCUUCAUUCUAGCGUUUUGGCACCGUUUUGUGUUUUCAAUUCUAAAAAAAGGUACAUUUUCGACCUGUACGGAAAAUGAGUUAAGUUUUCUGUUAGAUGUCGAAAAAACUAGGGAAAGAUUAAAUAUGUGGUAUAACCACAUGCUUGACUAUCGCUGGUUUAGUUUGAAGUUUGAAGUUGCAUCUGAAUCAAUUCUCAAUAAAUGGUUCGAAAGAUAAAAUUCCUACGAGUUAUAUGCUUUGAAGGCAAACUAUUGAUAGAGUCGAAUGAACUGAAGAAAUUUUCAUUCUCUAUAAUUCAAGACAACAACAACAAAUGAUUGAAACCACAGAAAUCCAUAAAUAUGGGCACCUGUUUGAAAAUUUCAUCUCAGUCAUGAUUAAUAUGCGGGUGAUGCAAGACACGGCAAGUAAAGCAAAAUUGUCGUUCGCUUUGUGCACAACGUCAUCGAACAACUUGUAUGCAACAAAGGCAAAAUAUUGAGCAAUAGAAGAAGUUACGCAAAAAAAAUGUAUUCUCCGCUUACUCAUGUUUGCCCUAUACAUAAUGCAUUGCUUGUCACUAAUUCUCAAACUCUUUUCCCCCUUUAUGUGUGAUAUAAUUUGUAUACCACUGCCAAUAGACAAGAUAUCUGUCACUUCCAAUCAGUCUACAUAGUUAUUGCGCUCGCUCUUCAUUCUUCACAAUACCCACUUCCCGUUUGAGAAAUUUGUUGAAUAAACAUCGUUUGCCGGCGAGUGUUGAACGGGAAUUGUCUUUCUUAAGAUUCAUUGUACCCCUAAUGUAUUGCCGAAAGACGCUAUCUUACGUUGAUCUCACUCGAUAGAAAAAAUACAAAACAAAAUGUAUUUGAUUGCAGUAAUGUAUUAUAAACGGAAAACAAAAUAAACUAUUUUGCUUAAGUAAUUCAAAGUUCUAAGAAGAACUGGAUUUGAUUUGCUGAAAAUAAAAUUCCACGUGCUGUGCUCAGAGCCCCUUCGCUACAUUCUGUGGCAUCGGUGUUUUCGGCUUCUGUGCAACGGUUUUCGAUGGUUUAAUUGGUUUUUUAUCCCUAGCCUAGCCUUUACCUCCUCAAACGGAAACCUUUAUCGAUGCUGGUGCUUAGGCUUUUGGCCCCUUUUGACCACUUAGGGGGAAUCUUUAAUGAACCCUACGCACCAAUGCAGUUUAUUUGCACAAACAGGCUCUCGGUGACACCGUUCAUCCGCGGUUGCUUGAUGAACGAAGUUAACUUCGCCACAGCAGCGAUAACAUGUUCAACCGCUGUUCGGUUAUAACUGAGUAGAUUUCCGAGCGGGCGCCUGCUUGUAUACAGAUUUGUGUGAUUUCAAAGCAAGUUUUAAGCUUUAAUUGAAAUAAGUUUUUGGAUCAUUAAUUGGCAAGCAUAUAACGCGUAGGCAUUCUAUCUUUCGAACGAAAUGAUUAUCAUAUAAUUUCGUUCAAUUGGUUAGGAGGUAUUAACGCUCAAAAUUUUGUUGUUCCGGCGUAACGCUCUUAUUUUCGAAACUUUGGACUUAUAUCCCAGUAUAGAAAUGAAAGACGCAGUCCUACGUUAAAAGUCGUGGUGGCCCUGAACCAGGGCUCAGCAUAGUCACAGUCAACUGAGGAUAAUCAUCUGAUUAUCUGACUGGCUAUAUCCGUAUUCAGUUAGUAAUGACUUUUGGCUUCUUCACGCAGUUUCUUCGCCAAAACGACUGAAUGCGGAUAUAGCGUUUAGUCGCUAUCUCCCUCUACCGACUCGACUAUAUCAUUUCAUUCUUCCCAGUUAAAUUGUCCUCAUUGCAUUUUGAAGCGACUUCCCCCAAAACGAAUUCAUUCCUCUCUUUCUCUCUCUCAUGUACGUGUGCAUGCAUCGAUGUUUUAAGCAAUGAGUGUUGAGUAAUUAGCGUUGAACGUUAAGCAUUUAGCGUUGAGCGAAAGUUGAGCGUUAAUCGUUGAGCAUUGAGAGUUGAGUGUUCAGCGUUGAGUAAUGGGCGUUGAGCGUUAAGCGUUAAGCAUUAGGCAUUGUGCGUUGAGCGUUGAGCAUUGACUGUUAAUCGUUGAGCAUCAAGCAUUAAGCGUAGAGCGUUGAGUGUUCAGUGUUGAGUGAUGGGCGAUGAGGAUUAAGCGUUGAACGUUGAGCGUUGAGCAUUGAUCGUUAAGCGUUAAGCGUUGAGUGUUGAACAUAGAUCGCUGAUUGGUGAGCGUUGAACCUGUACGGAAAAUGAGUGUUGAGCAUUGCGCAUUGAAGAUCGAGCGUUGACUUUGCAUUUGUUUUCGUUUUCGCCGUUUUCCAUAAACCGGGAGCUACCGACUUCGUUUAAAAAAUGGCAUUCGAUUUUUUUUUAUUCUUUAUUUGAGAAGUUUUCAGCCUCCUGAGCUGGUUCGCCUCUUUAUCGACGGCAUUGCCGCAAGGUUUCGUUGGGAACAGAUUGCACAUAAAAUUAUCACAUAAAAAUUGGACGUAAAAAUUAAACACAUAAAAAUCCUUUUGCGAGACAUGACUUAACAAAGAACUUGCUGUUUGCUUGUUGGACCAGAUGGCAUGGAUGUCCUCGGACCAUGGCUCCAGACCAGUGGAGAGGAAGCCGUGCCGUUGAAGAUGCCGACGUGUUCUUAUUCCCCUUCAUCGUGGAGGGGAAGGAACAAGGAUCUUCUUGACUGAUCCAUUGUUCAGACGCUAGAUCUUAAAAAAUAGUUCGGCAUCUUUUAGGUAGCAGACAAGCGCUGCUACUCUUGCUGGAUCGUCUUUCAAGAUGUCUCUUACACUCCCGCUGAUUCCAUGCAGGUUUCGCAGAUCAUCGAAUUUCGGGCAACCACACAAGAAGUGCUCGACGGAGUUGUGGAUUUGGCAGAGGUCGCAGAGUAGAUGGAAGGGUCCUCUAUUGAAUCCGAAUCUGGACAGGAUUCGUUGUUCUCUCAUUCCUUUAACAUCGUCAAACCUGACAAUCGUGCCCUUGACUUUUCUGAGGAACUGCCCCCUCUCUGCAAAGCACCUUUCGGUCCAAAAGGUGCGGAAAGAGUUGGUGAUCCACAACUUCACAUCGUCAAGCGGCACAUCCCGAGUGAAGAACGGUCUGGUGUGACCGAUUCCGGCAAACCGGUCUGCCGCUUCAUUCCCUGCGAUGCCGUUGUGUCCGGGGACCCACAUGAGCACAGUGUCGGGCAAUAUGUUCUUCCUGAUGGCCUGUACCCAUGGAUGUUUGGACCUGGUCGCACUGAUGGCAUCAAUGGCGCUUGCCGAAUCGGAGACGACCAACAACGGCUUGGAAGAUGAAGUUGUAGUUGCCUCGAAGAUGCCGGCCACUUCGGUCGAGAAGACCUGGCAGAUGUCCGCGAGUUUCUUGCUGGAAAUCAGACUAUUAUUAUUAUCGCUUACCCCAAAUCCAACUCCCGAUGGUCCUUUUGAGCCGUCUGAGUAUCUGAUCUCGUGGAGACGGUAUUUUUCUGCUAUGAUGGCCUUGAAAUAUUCUAGCAGACCGAUCGAGUUCGCCCCGGCUCGAAAGUUGUCCCUAAUACCAUUCUCGACGAGAACAGUUGGGAACCUCCAGUUGCUCGCACCAAACCAGGAUUGUUUUGCCACUGGGGGGAGGUUGGCGUGCGCCACCCGCUGCAGGAUCGUGUUGUUAAGGACGGUCAGGUGGGUCUCCCCUCUGCCGCUGGUUUUCGACAAGAAACUGGCAGUCCUGGCUACGAUCGCCGAGUCUAUGAUCAGAUCGAAAGGAGGUUCUCCAAUUUCGGCGCAGACAGAGGCAGCUGGUGUUGAUGGCAGGAGACCGGAGACAGUCCGUAGUGCUUUGUUGUAGAUCGGUGCCAGAUAUUUUGGGAGCUUGUCUCCAGCCAAACACGUCAGUUCAAGGCCAUAGGUGAGGCGGCUGCUGAUGAUGGCUUUGGCCACCCAUAGCCGAAUAUUUCUGUUGUUGCUCCGGUGCGGUUUGGAAAUGGUUUUCAACAGAUUCAACCAGGUGGCACAGCUCUUCUUAACUUCCUCGAAAUGGCGGAGGAAGCUAAGUUUGUGGUCAACAAACACUCCAAGGAUCUUUAGCGUUUUUCGGCGGGGAAUGUUGUUUUUGUAUAGCUGGACCCUGGAGUUGGGACCCUGAUGUCUAUCGCUGCAAAUCACCAUAUGGCCGCUCUUCUGCGCUGAAAGUCUAAAUCCUCUCUCGGCCGCCCACCGGCCGAUGGCAUUGGUAGCUGUCUGUAUCCUGAUGCGUGGAAUCCUAUGGGUGUCACCCACUGCAAUCAGAAGAAUGUCGUCCGCGUAGACAAACACGAAGACUCCCCCAGACAGGACCUGGAACAGGCUAUUCAUGGCGACGAGAAAGAGGGUGACGGCAAGAACAGAACCUUGAAGUACUCCUGUUUCCUCGUGGAAAGCUCGGGAACUGAUGUUACCAAUUUUGACCUCAAAGGUUCGGCGUGUGGCGAAGUUCUUGAUGAAGUGCAGUAAUUUCCCGUCAACGCCCCAAUCUGCCAGAGUUUUCAGCACUAACGGGAUCCAUGUUCUGUUGUAUGCCUUUUCCAGGUCCAGUGCUACCAUCUCCAUGUGCUGACGGUUCCUGUUGGCUUCGGCUAUCACGUCUCCGAGGGUCGCGAAGUAGUUGUUGGUGCCCAUACCCAUUCGCAUUCGAAUAUGAUAUUCGCCAUUCGCUGUUAAGCGGACCUUACACGAUCAGUAGCAUCGACAUUAUCAGUAAUGACAAUACUAGCAAGACACACUCCAUUCGGCAUCUCUAGCCUUCAUAGUCAUAAGAGAAAUAUACACAUUUUCGAGAUGAAAACUAUCAAUGAAAAUCAAUUUUAUUGUAUCAGAUAUACAUCCACAUCAAUAAUUUGAAAGGUUUUUUGCAAACAAUGAAAAAAUCUAGAACGAAAGUUGUUCCUAAGGGUGGGUUUAGACUAGUGAUAUAUUCAUAUGAAGAAAUAUGAUGAGAUUUAUAGAAAUCGCAUCAACCGUUUACACUAGCGUGAACUUCUAUAAUGAAUAUAUUCAUAUCUUCGGUGAAUUUAUUCACCUGAAGUAGAACUGCAUCCAACUUUAGUGAUUUCUCACCAGUGAGAAAUUCACAAGCGUUUACAUAUGCUGAAUUUAUUCAAGUUAUAUAUACCUCGAAUAAGUGUAUCAUAUUUAUUCUCACCCGUUUACACCUAUUUCACGCGAAUAAAUCCAUCUAUAGCUAUAGAUCUCCCUAAUGUAAACCCGCCAUAAUAAUGGUUUCUAAUUAUGAUUUCAACAAUUUGAUCUGUUAAUAUAAUGUCUUUCAGUGAUGGAUAAAGAUGGAUAAAGACCAUUUUGAAAUUCUUUUCAUUGAUCUAUUCACAAUUUAAAACUGUAUUUUUCAAUAGUAAUCUCAAUAGCUUAUGCUUGAUUCAUUACCUAAUACCUUCGUAGAUGUCGACAACGUAUCUCACCCGUAUGCUUCACCCACUCAUUUGGGCAAAAGAUGUCGACACUGCACCGUCGCUAUCGCGAUUUACCAUUUUAAGCUUCGUGCUCCAUCGUUGUGAAGCGAAAAUGAUAACGGGUUUUCAGGUAGAAGAAACAAACUUUUAAAAUCAAAAAGUAUAAAUGAAAAUCUUUUUUUUUCGCAUCAAAUAUGUUGCUAUGUAAUAGAGCAACAGGUUUUCUAUAAAUGGUGAAAAAAUCUUGAGCUAGAACUAAUUCUGGUGGUAAUUUUAUUUUAUACUAAUGAGUUUUAGUAGGGAUUUCAGAAAAAAUAUAGAAAAUUGAUCAAGUACAGUUCAGUGCUACGUGUUUAUGCAUUCAAGUAACAGCAAAUAAUAAUUUUAAUUCACAUUUUAAGAAUUUUAAAUUGCUUUGGGCCCACUAAUCUGAUAGAGAGUAAAUUUGGUCACAAACAUAGAUUUUGACACAAGAUGUCGCACAGUAUCCUAGACACCUCGAAUGAUAGUGUCCCUGCUAUAUUACAGUAAUGAUGGAGCGAGAUCAGAAAAUCCGGAUUUGCAUCAUUAUUGCCCUUCAUAUUAAUUUCGUCAACCUUACACGAUCAUUGUUAUUGUCAUUCUGAUGAAGUAAUGUCAUUAUUAUUUAUCGUGUAAGGGACCCUUUACAGUCCUUUCAUCCAGUGCAUAUUUUUCUACAAGCAUAUGGUUUCAUCAUUCAGAAAUUUCAUUAUUAUGGAGUUAUUGGGGCCAAUGUUUAUUCACCUAAUCAACGAUUUAUAAAAAAAAAGUUUAAAAUCUAUAUGCAUGUAUUUCCUUUAACAGUUGCACAAUAAAGUGCUCAAGUUUUUUUUCACAUGCGUAAAAAUAAACUUCGAAACAUCUAGGUACGAUGAUUUAAAAAAAAGGUACUAGGUACUAAAAAUAAAAAUAAAAAUCAGUAAAAACAUUCUUUUAUCAAAAAUUUGUCAGAAAUUGAGUCAAAAAUUAUUCUUUUUUGGUCAAUAUGGUUGUAAAAACACUUUUCGUGCCGUGGUCUUAUAAUAUUUGUAUAUUUGCAUUCCUGGCAUUCCUCGUUAUGAAGUUCAAUGUUUACAUUGGGUCAGACGAGCUACUCGUCUGUUUUUAGUCGAGCUCGGCUUCAGGAAUAUGACAACAAACGAGACGAGCGCUCGUCUUCUCGUCUCGUUUUCUAGAAUAGGGCCCUACAUUUAUUUUCCGCUCGUCAGUUAUUUUGCAUUAAAAAAAUAGACUUUUUUCGGAUGUCGAUAAAAAAAAACUAUGACAGAUAAUUGAGUUUGAUAAAUUUACCAUGGAAGGUAAUUAUAUUAGCUUACUUGCAAGAAAAUUCUACGCCCUUGCGAGCGGCCUUCCGGCAAAUAACCAUAACAUUCGCCAUGGCGGACAAAAACAUGCGUGUAGGCAUGUUUUUUAAGUUCUUUUUUCGUUUGAUUUAUCAAUUCCUUCUCAAUUUUUGCGAAAAAUUGUUGGGGUAGAUCUUACGCUUCAGGUUUGCCCAGAAAUUCUCGAUGGGACGCAGCUGGGGGACGUUGGGCGGGUUCGCCGACUUGAGUACCAAAUCGAUAUUCAACUGCUCCAUCUCCUCUAACGAUCGCUUCGAGUAGAGGGCCGACGCCAGAUCCGGCUAGAACACCGCGUCUUCGCCCUUAUGGUAUUUCUUGAUGAACGACGCAACUUUCGGCAGGCACUUCGUAGUAUAAAUUUCCCCGUUCACGGUCAGUCCGAAGCUAAAGAAGAGCGGCUUUGACAUCCCCUGCUCGCUGAUUGUCAGCCACAGCAGCACCUUCUUGGGGAACUUGGUGUGUGAAAUAAACUUCACUUCGCAGGCCACUUCCUUCUUGGGGGAAGUAAAAUACGAAGUGCCCUGCCAGUCGUUGCCAUCCAGGGUGAGAUAGGUCUCGUCGUCCAUCACCACCGCCACGUCGCGAUUCGCCGGGAAAAUCGACUUGACCAUCUUAUUCAGCCACUGCGUCAUUGGACAUGUAUGUCCAUGUUCGCCAAGUACUUUUUCACUGUUUGGCCGGCUGCACCGACCUCCCGGCCAAGCGCAGGCAGCGAAGUAGCCACAUUUCCCUCGAUCUUCCUCUUUAGCAUCCUUUGGAGCUUCUUGUCGCGCAGGGUAGUCGGCCGUCCGGAACCGGUCUUUCUUUCAAUGUUCUGGUUGUUGUCCAAUAGUGCCAAGAUGUUGUAGAUGCCGGAACGGGCGUAUCCGGCGUCCACAAAUUGCCGCACAAUGUCCGUUUUCGACACGGCGGUGUACCGUCUUUGAACGCGCACACUUCUGAACGGAGUAGCUUCACUGUUUUCGCCAUCACGGUUAGAGUUCGACUGAGAGAGCUUUCAAUUUUUUCGGUUACUAUGAUUGAUGCGGCAUGGGUAGUUUCGUCAGUGCGUGUGAAGGUAGACCAAUGAAAAAUCGGCAAUUUUUGUCCAUUUUUUUAAUACAAGCGUUACGCACUCAUGAAACACACCGACCAGUAGAAAACAUAGUUAAAGAGUUAUACUAUACAUUUCAACGCCGAAGUCGCCUGAAAUGAAGUUCAUCAUGUGAUGAAUAGCCGUUGAAAUUUAGGGGGUCGGAUCAGGACCAUCUUCCCCUAACUAAUUCUUUCUUGGACAUACCUGAAUCGUCGUUACAUUCUGCGAUGAAUAGCCGAUGAUGUCUAUUCAAAAGGCAAUUAUUCUUUGUGAUAUUUUUUUUUGUAUUUCGAAGAUUUGAUUUAAAAACCACAAAUAUACUCAGAAGAACCGAAUUGAAACUACUUUUCCGCUUCCUAGUUUCGCAUGGGAAUCCACAUCGAUCGCACUCAGUUGUAUAUAUAGAGAUAUUUUCCUGCUUUCACUUGUGUGGGUAACGCAAAAGUUGGUAAAUAUAUUACUUAAAGAAGAACUGGCGAUAGUAAUAAGCUAAAGUAUAUGUGUGAUUUACUUGUAAGACAUUAAAUAAAAACUAUGUUUUCAACAGAAAAAUAACGGUGGCCAAGAUGAAUUUAUAUGAUAAAACAUACAUGAAACGGGAACAAAUGCUAUGUUGAGCGAUUAGAUAGGACAAGCACACCGGCGCCGAAAAAGUGCUUUCACGUAUAGAACGAAAAAUUGAGAAAACUUAACAUUUUUAUUACGUACGCUUACAUACUUGUUAUAAAUACAGUAACAUAGCAUUCUUUUCUCAUUUACGUAAUUUCAACUAAAUUUGAACAAAAUUGCUGGCAGAGCAAGUAAAAUGUUUAUUUUUACGUAAUCUAUGGGAAACAUUGGGCGAGAUAAGGCGACCAGCAAAAUAAUAGAAACAAAAUAUUAAAAAAUAGGUCAGAAUUGUGUUUCCAUAAAAGAAUAAAUAUUGCUCUAGAAUAAAUAUUUGUGGUAGCUAAAUUCGAAGACAGAUGGUGAACGCACGCCAUCCGUUCAAACGGACCCGAUUCAAAUUUAACAAACCUAAUGUCAAUGCAGCAAAAUAUUUGUUAAAAGUAUUACAAUUAAUCUUACAAUAUGUAUAAACUACCAGUCAACUAAUGUUGACUAUUAUCGAUAAACAGAAACAAUACAUUAUUUAAUGACAAUGCGCAAGUUGAAGGAAACUGUCAAAAUCAAGGAAACUACUAGAAUUGAUAAUCCAAAUUAAUUGAAGUAUUUCGUUAAAUCAAGCUAACUCGUAUGAUUAAUAUCAUUCGUCCGAACUCGUGCUAGCUUCUGUGGCAACUCGGAAAUUGUCGGUGAGUGAUAACUAUUAAUCUCUUUUUUAUUACUAUCGAGGUGUGAGAUCACCCAAUUUCGCAGCCAGAAACACCGCUAAACGACAAUCGAGCUUAAACUGAACUGAACACCUAACCAAAGGUCACGCAUUCAAUCAACUUUAGGUAAAAUUGGACGAACUCUGCGUUACGUUCCUUUGUUAUCCCCCAUCGGAUAAUGCUCCGAGAUGCUCUAGAAAUUUGCACAGCAUCACACCAUGAAAUAGUUCAAUCUACAACACAUAUCUCCAUUAAAAUCAGAUUAGUAAUGCUAGAGUUUUUAGAUAAACAGUCAGGCCAAGCUCAAUGCAUUAUCAAUACGCAAACACACCCGCUUGUGCUAUGGAAGUAGAGACGGUCAGGUCCACCUUCAUACCAUUUAUACCAGCACAAAAUGAAAAUUGUUCACAAAAUACAGGCAGUUCACUCCACUUCUGCAGUAGGUGUAACCUUUACCAAGCUCCGUACCUUAGUACGAACAUAAAUCAGAACACUGGAUGCGACCAGAGAAUGAAAAAUAAAACAGAAAUAAAUAUCAAAGAUUACCAGAAUACUAAUAGAAAGAAGCUUAUAUCUAGUGCUGCCGUUUGAAUUUAACAUGAGCACCACAAGCGGGAAUCAAAACUAUAUACAAAAGGAAUCGAUUUUUAGGAUCAACCACAAAGGCAGAAAACAUUGUUUUGCAGUUCUAUUCGUUUGCUAGAUUUUCGACCGUGUCAAUACAGGAAAAAAAUCGUUUCAGAUGGCAGGAUCUUCUGGAACAAAUCUGUAGAAAGGUCGAAUCGAAAAAGAAAAACAAACAAAGCGGUUUCAAAUUCCAAUAGUGAUAGUUUUUUUGUGUUUCUUGUUCGACUUUUAUCCUUUCUUCAUAUUUUACCGUUUACUUACGGAUAUUAAAAGUAAAGGAAAACAUUUGUUGCUUCUUAGUCAUGAUAGAUUUAUAAAGUGAAUAUGUUAUUCGUGUAUAAUGUCACGGUUCUUACUGAUCCUGGAACACAAACAUAAAAACUAGUACGAAAGGAACGGUGAAAGUAACAACAUAAACUGCUAAGUUCAAUUCAUGCUGUUUUAAGCAUAUGGAAAUUAUUUGAUAAAAUAAAAUUUAAAAUAUAUAUUUGA